AUGCGUGACAAGAUGGACAAGAUGGACAAGAUGGACAAGAUGGACAAGAUGGACAAGAUGGACAUGCGUGACAAGAUGGACAAGAUGGACAAGAUGGACAAGAUGGACAAGAUGGACAAGAUGGACAAGAUGGACAAGAUGGACAAGAUGGUGGUGCUUGUUACCCGUGGUGCAGCGAAUGUGUUGGAGCCUGGGUGUGUAGCUGCCGACAUAGACGUCCCUCUGGGUGUCCCUGGCGCGGGGCCUGCCCGCCUCAAGAGAGCCAACUCCCUCGUCCGGCUGCCUGUGCAUGGGGCCGGCAAGGGCAAGGUGGACAAGGGGGGCAAGGUGGACAAGGGGGGCAAGGUGGACAAGGGGGGCAAGGCGGGCAAGGCGGGCAAGGCGGGCAAGGCGGGCAAGGUGGGCAAGACGGGCAAGGCGGGGAAGAAGACGGCGGCCAAGGGCAACGGGACGGGCAAGCAGAUCGAGGCCAAGGUCGAGGUCGAGGCUGAGGUCGUGGUCGAGGCCGAGGCUGAGGUGGAAGCAAGCACAGGCCCUGGUGCUGCAAAGCUUGGUGAGACCAUUGGCCAAGCUAAGAGCAAGGGCAAGAGCAAGGGCAAGAGCAAGGGCAAGAGCAAGGGAAAGGGCAAGGGCAAGAGCAAGGGAAAGGGCAAGGGAAAGGGCAAGAGCAAUAAGCUGCUAGCAACAGCACAAGGAGGGGAAUCACUUGCUGGGAUGCCUCGCGAGGCGGCAGUGCUGGCGACGUCAGCAGGGGAAGGAGUGACGAUGACGACGGGGACGCAGACGCUGCGACUGCGACCCGUGCGACAGCCAUGGGGCGUGCGAUACAUGCCAAUGGCUUUGGGCCCCGAGGUCGAGCCGACGCUGAGCCGGCGCGAACUGGACGAGAUUCAGAAACUUGUGGAGGAGUGCGAGCCGAGACAGACGACACUCCUUGUGGCGGCCAUGCUCCGUCAUCCUUUGAGUCGAAAGGCGCUCGCGUGUCCGACGCUCAGCCUCCAUGAGCCGGUCUCUACUGCUGAUUUGGUCCUUCUCCGCGAGAACCUACGGCUGCGGGCGGCGGAUCAGAGGCGGCGCAAGCGGACGGCGUCACGGGCCGAGAUCUCGCACUCGUCGCCGCCUAAGAAGGCGUGA